GUAAAGGGAAACCGGGCUAGUUCCUCUCGCUAUUUCUUAUCAUUUUAAUACGACCAUAAUCAUCCAGGGCUCGCCAGCCAACGAGAUCUUGUAGCGAGUGUGUCACUGGUAACGCACAAUGCCUGAUCGCCGACGUCAGCGCCAUCAGAGGACGCGGCAAGAUGCUGGGGUCCGGGAUGACCCUGUUGGAGCUAGUAACCGAGAUGAGGUGAGGCCAAAAGCACCUCCUCCUGAAACGACUAGACCCGAAAGGCAAGGAGGAAGUGGAGUAAGCUACGCGGAGCCCAAGGAGUAUGAAGCAGUGACCAUCAUGCCAGAUAAGGAUGCUCCAUCUGAACCUCAGAAGUACCGUCGCCGAGAAGUGAUAAGUAAUUGGUCAAGGUAUGAGGAAUUGCCACCAGAUGAGGAACUUGAAGAUGGAGAAGAUUAUAUGAUUGGGGAAGACUUCUCCACGAUUCUUGAACAGCAAGCAAACUCAGCUGAUGGUGGGUUCUUCAAGAUGAAAGGUGAAAAAAUGUGGGAUGACACGGAAAUUAGCAUCCUUACUUCUCAUGGUCUAGGAGCACUGAAUGUGGCUGACCUUGUGGCUGCUUUUAACACCAUACCGCUACAUGAAAAACUUAACAUCCCAGAGGAAGCACUACCUAAGCGUGUGGUCAAACAUUAUGUAAAUCUCGCAGAAGACCAUCUGAAGUUGUACAAACCUAGCAGUGGUUAUGCGGACUGCAUGGAUAUUAACGAAAAGAUUCUCCAGAGUCUGAAAAUCAGUGAGGAUGAGCCCCUUACGCUUGCGAAUGAUGAGGAAGCCGAUGAUAGACAAUGCUCUAAGAAUGCAGUAGAUGUGGCAUUGACUCUGGGUAGUGAAUUUGCUCCAGAGCCUGAUGAUGUUGAUCUAGAUACGCUAAUUAGAGAGCCAAGCCCAGAGAAACGGCCAAGUCCAGUAAAAGAGAUGAAGAGGAGGGUCAAAGAGACUACCCCAGUGAAAGAUUUUAGCCCUGCUAAGGAGUAUAGUCCAAUGAGAGACUUUAAACCUGUGAAAGAUAUUAGCCCAAUGAAAGAAUUUAGCCCUGUUAAAGAAUUUAGUCCAAUUACAGAUUUUAGUCCUGUUAAAGAAGUUAGUCCAUUUAAAGAAGUUAGUCCAUUUAGAGAAAUUAGUCCACUAAAAGAACCGAGUCCAUUUAAAGAAACUAGUCCAUUUAAAGAAAUUAGCCCACUUAAGGACAUUAAUCCAAUGCAGGAAGCUAGUUUUAUGAAAGAAGUUAGCCCUCUUAAAGAAAUUAGUCCCAUGAAAGAGAUUCCCCAAGUGAGCAAUGAAACUAACUCUAUGACUGAAGAACCUAAAGUGGAGGAGAUGCCUAAGGUAGACAGUGAAGUCACUCAUGUUCCAAAGGAGAGAAGAAGAGGUAGAAGAGAAGCAAAUGCCUCAGCACAAAACAACAAGAAAUCAGAAAAUGAGAAGCUAAAAGAAGUAAGAGACAAAAGUCCCAAAGAAAAGGUAAAGGAGAAGAGUCCCAGGGAGAAGAGAAAGGAAAAGGGCCACAAGGAACAUGUCAAAGAGAAGAGUCCAAGAGAGCAUGUGAAGGAGAAGAGCCCAAGAGAGCAUGUGAAGGAGAAGAGCCCAAGGGAACAAGUGAAGGAGAAGAGCCCACAGCAAGUGAAGGAGAAGAGCCUGCAGCAACAGGUGAAGGAGAUGAUUCACAAAGAACAGGUAAAAGAAACAAAUCUAAUCAUACCAGACUUUAGUAUGACAAAGAAAGCUGAUAAUAACGAUUCCCCGAUGGAAUUCAAUUUUGGAUUGCUACGGGCUUCUGCAUCUGCCCUUUCCGAGUCUAAGAAGACUGUCAAGGAUGAGAAGAAGGAAUUCCAGCUGCCAACACCCCUAAAGCUAGAGGAGAAGGAGGAAUCGGUUCCGGAAGGACCAGUGAUAGACUUGGAUGAGCCUGUGAAAGCAGAGAAACCUGUGUUACUCCUUAGUAAGACUGAGGCUGAUGACCUGGAGGAUUGGCUAGAUUCUGUACUUGAUGAUUAAUUACAGAAAAUGAGUUUUCAUUGUUUCAGCAUUUUUCUGUGGCCUCAGUGUGUGAUAUCAUGUUUUUUUUUUUAAAGGGAUUGAACAUUAUUAAGAUACUUUAAUGUGUUUUUUCUCAGAAAUAACAUGUAAUUGAUUGACAUUGUUUUACUUUAUAUUAUGUGAGAACAUUUGUCAUAUCUGUUUUACCUGCUAUGUUAAUUUAAUGAUGGAAGUACGGCUUAGGUAAAAAUUCUUACAUCUGGUAAAGAAAAAAACGAAAAAACAAAAAACAUAUAUCAAGAAAUCAGUGUAAAAAAGAAAAGAAAGCCUAUACUUAACAUUUGUUCCUUUAUCAAAGCAAUAUAGAUUUCAGCUUCAUUGCCAUUUGAAGGGCAGUUUUAAAGGACUUUUCAUGGAAAUAAAUGUAAACUAUAACUUUA